UUGGAUUUCUCCCCGGAUAUUGCAAAUGUUAUGUGGAGGAGCGGAGAUGUUAUUGGAUUUAUAAUGUAUUGAUUUGUGUUUUUUAAGAUUGUUCAAUAUAGAACAGAUGGAUAUUACAUUUUUAAUGAUGGAACAAAGAGGAUUGCACGCAGCAUGGACGAGGCAGCCUUGGAUCGGAUUUAUGGCUGCUUUGCUUUUGUUGGGCGUAACCACGGCGCAAUUGAGGUAUUCAAUUUCUGAAGAGAUUAAAGAAGGGACUCUGAUUGGAAACGUAGCGGAAGAACUUGGAUUAGAUAAAUCCAUACUGAAAAGCAGAAAGUAUCGCAUUGUUACCAGCACGACGGAUGCUCUCUUUCACCUGGAUCCAAACGAUGGCAACCUUUAUGUGAGAAAAAAAAUAGACAGAGAGGAGGUUUGUAAACAUAGCAGUAGAUGUGAAAUAAAUCUAAAAACUGUCCUGGAAAAUCCAUUGGAGGUUCACUAUGUUAGUGUUGAGGUGCUGGAUAUAAAUGACAAUUCUCCCGCUUUCCCUGAGAAUGAGACUGCUGUGGAAAUUUUUGAGUCAGCGCUGCCCGGAGUGCGUAUUCCAUUGCAGCCUGCCCGCGAUCCAGAUGGAGGAAUUUUCUCUAUUCAACGUUAUAAACUUAGCCCCAAUGAACACUUUCACUUAGAAAUUAAAGACACAGGAGAUGAUGGCAAAAUACCUGUUUUGAUCGUUCAAAAGUCAUUAGAUAGAGAAAUAUCAGCAAGGCACACUUUAGUAUUGACUGCACUUGAUGGAGGGAAACCUCCUAAAUCUAGCGAAGUUGAUAUCAUUGUAAACGUUUUGGAUGCAAAUGACAAUGCACCUGUCUUUUCGAAAGAUGCUUAUUCAGUAAUGCUUGAGGAAAAUUGUCCACUUGGCACAACCGUACUAAAGGUAAAUGCGACUGAUUUAGAUAGCGGAAGAAAUGGGGAAGUGAUUUAUACUUUUAGCAACAGUGUAAAUCGUAAAUUCUUUAAACUUUUUGAAAUUAACCAUGCAACAGGUGAGAUAAUUGUAAAAGGUCUAUUAGAUUACGAGGCAAGAGAUAGGUAUCAACUUGAAGUUGAGGCCUCAGAUAAAGGUACCCCUCCUCUAUCAGCGCAAAAAAGUAUUAACAUCAAAAUAAUCGACGUUAAUGAUAAUGAACCAGAGAUUGAGAUUACUUCAUUUUCACAAUUGAUCCCUGAAGAUUCCCCAUUAGGAAGCACUGUGGCUCUGAUUAGUGUCAAUGAUUUAGACUCAGGUCUUAAUGGAAAGGUCACCUGCACAUUAAAUGAUGACAUCCCUUUUAUUUUAUCACAAUCUUUACAAGACAGAAUGUAUGCAUUGGUUACCAAAACCCAUCUGGAUAGAGAACGGCAAUCGAAUUAUUUAAUAACAGUAAGAGCAACGGAUGCAGGUGAACCACCACGCUUCAGUGAAAAAACAAUUAAUGUUGUGGUGUCGGAUGUAAAUGACAACCACCCUAAGUUUUCACAAAGCCCAUACACAUUUUAUGUAACUGAAGGUAAUAUUCCAGGAACUUCUUUGUUUUCUGUAAAUGCGUUUGACCAUGAUGAAACCAGUAAUUCAAUAGUUUCCUACCGAAUCUUAAAAACAUCAGGGCAGAAUGCUAUAGUUUCAUUUAUCAAUGUAAAUUCAGAGAGUGGAGAUAUCGUGGCCCUAAAAAGCUUAGACUUUGAAACUUUAAAAACUUUCCAGUUCCAAGUUGUUGCCACUGAUUCUGGGACACCAUCUCUGAGCAGCAACGUUACGGUGAACGUGUUCAUUCUGGAUCAGAACGACAACACUCCUGUCAUUCUUUAUCCAGUCAGCUCCAAUGGUUCUGCUGAAGGUGUGGAGGAGAUUCCCCGCAAUGUGAACGCAGGACACUUGGUGACUAAAGUCAGAGCCUAUGAUGCUGAUAUAGGAUAUAACGGCUGGUUGCUGUUUUCACUGCAGGAAGUUACUGACCACAGCCUCUUUGGUUUGGACCGCUACACAGGACAGAUCCGAACGCUUCGCUCAUUCACAGAGACAGAUGAAGCUGAGCAUAAACUGGUCAUACUGGUCAAAGACAAUGGCAACGUUUCUCUCUCAGCAACAGCUACAGUGAUUGUUAAACUUGUGGAACCCAAAGAGGCUUUUGCUUCUUUUGAUGUCAAAAGUGCAGCAAAGGAAGAUGAAGAUAAUAAUGUGAUUUUUUACCUGAUGAUCACACUGGGUGGAGUUUCACUUAACAAUAACGGAGUCCUUCUCGUCAGCCAAAAAAUAGACCGAGAGGAGGUGUGCAACCGGAUCGCCACCUGUAUUAUCAACAUAAAAACUGUGUUGGAGGAUCCCUUAGAGGUACAUUAUGUCACCAUCGAGAAUGACAACCCUCCAGUCAUCCUCUAUCCAGUCAGCUCCAACGGUUCUGCUGAAGGUGUGGAGGAGAUUCCCCGCAAUGUGAACGCAGGACACUUGGUGACUAAAGUCAGAGCCUAUGAUGCUGAUAUAGGUUAUAACGGUUGGCUGCUGUUUUCACUGCAAGAAGUUACUGACCACAGUCUGUUUGGUUUGGACCGCUACACAGGACAGAUCCGAACACUUCGCUCAUUCACAGAGACAGAUGAAGCUGAACAUAAACUGGUCAUACUGGUCAAAGACAAUGGCAACGUUUCCCUCUCCGCAACAGCUACAGUGAUUGUGAAACUUGUGGAGCCAAAAGAAGCUUUUGCCUCUUUUGAUGUGAAAAGCACAGCAAAGGACGAUGAAGAUAAUGAUGUGACAUUUUAUCUGAUGAUCACCCUGGCUAAGCCACUGCCCUUGUAA